AUGAUCAACGCUCGGCUCUGCGAGGAAGUUCAGAGAUCGGUCCAAGCGGAACUGCCGCAGUCACGCGACUGGAAUGCCGUGGUGAUCAACGAGAAGCUCCUCCGUAUAGUGGCCAUGGUCUCGGGCAACGCUUUUCUGGGGCCGGAUCUCUGCCGCCGCGACGAGUACCUGCACGCAAGUAUUUGGUACGCCGUCGAUGUGAACAUGGCCGUGCGUGGCCUGAAGAGAUGGCCAAGGCUACUCCGGCCACUAGGCCAGUACUUUGUCCCGCAGCUGAGUCGCAUUGCGGAACAUAAGCGGAGGGCGAAGGCAUUCUUUGAGCCCGUGAUCCGGGAGCGCAGGGCCAUGAUGAAACGGGGGGAUCCAGUACCCGAGGACAUGCUGCAGUGGAUGCUCCUCAAGUCAGACGACUUCCACAUCCAUGACGAUGCCGAGCUGGCAUUUCAGCAAUUGUCUCUGACCCUGGCCUCGAUUCAUUCAACCACUAUGACCCUCACCCAGAUGAUAUUCGACCUUGUGUCCCAGCCAGAAGUCGUCCCCGUUCUGCGCGAAGAGAUCGGAUCUGUCCUAAAGGAAAACGGCGGUGUCCUGACUACCCAGGCUCUCUUUUCUAUGAAGGUCCUCGACAGCUUUAUGAGGGAAUCCCAACGCAUGAACCCGCUGAGCAUGACUCGAUUCACACGCUACGUCGAGAAGCCCGUCACCCUACGCGACGGUACCCGCAUCCCCGCCAGUGUCAUCAUCGAAGCCCCUUUCAUUGCCAUUACCCGAGACCCUGAGCUCUACCCGAACCCCGAGGUACUCUCCUCUCUCUUCACCUUUCUUGCCCUUUUGCUACAUAGGCCAAGUGUCUAUCCCUUACUGAUCCUCGAGGAGCAGACCUUUGACCCCUAUCGAUUCUCCCGCCUUCGUAGUGGCCAGGCUAAGGAUUCUAUCGGGUACAAGAGCCCGGAACAGUACCAGUUUGUAUCGGUUAGCAAGGAGAACCUCAACUUCGGCUUUGGGCGGAACGCUUGUCCGGGUCGCUUCUUUGCAGCCAAUGAGAUCAAGCUCAUCUUGGCCCGUAUUCUGCUGGACUUUGAUCUCAAGAUGCCCGAGGGCCGGACCAAACGCUACGAGAACCUUGUCAUCGCCGGUGGUAUCAUUCCCGACACCAAGAAUAAAAUAUUGCUCCGCAAGAUUUCGCGAUCGGAAAAGAAUAUCCACCAUAGAUAG